ACUGUGGGGGGGAGACACGAGACAGACACGAUGUGGAGUCGCGCUGUGGCUCUCGGUCGCCUCUCUCGGGGGGUCCAGACGCCCAGACGCCCCCACAGUGCCCUCACGCAGCUCAGUGCCGUCCUCCAGGGAGAGUUGGAGGGUAUCCGGGAGGCGGGAACCUGGAAGAACGAGAGGGUCAUCGCCUCCAAACAGGGAGCGCGCAUCAAAGUGGAGGGCAGAGAGGGAGAGAUUCUGAAUUUCUGUGCUAACAAUUACCUGGGUCUGUCCAGCCACCCGGAGGUUAUACGGUCGGGAGUGGAGGCGCUGGAAGAGUAUGGAGCGGGGCUGAGUUCCGUGCGUUUCAUCUGCGGGACGCAGGUGCCGCACAAGAAGUUGGAGGCAAAGAUUGCCAAGUUCCACCAGAGAGAAGAUGCCAUUCUCUACGCCAGCUGUUUCGAUGCCAAUGCGGGGAUUUUUGAGGCCCUCCUGACCCCCGAGGACGCUGUGCUCUCAGACGAGCUGAACCACGCCUCCAUCAUCGAUGGCGUCCGCCUGUGUAAGGCCAACAAGCUGCGCUAUAAACACCUGGACCUGCGGGACCUGGAGAGCAAGCUGCAGGAAAGCCAGAAACACCGUCUGCGUCUGAUUGUGACUGACGGUGUGUUCUCUAUGGACGGUGACAUCGCUCCCCUGAGGGGUAUCUGUGAUCUCGCUGAUCAGUACAAGGCCCUGGUCCUCAUCGAUGAGUGUCACGCCACCGGCUUCCUGGGCCCUAACGGACGGGGGACCGAUGAGCUCCUGGGUGUGAUGGAUCGCGUCCACAUUGUGAACUCCACCCUGGGGAAGGCGCUGGGCGGAGCGGCAGGUGGUUACACGGUGGGACCUCAAGGGCUGGUGGACCUCCUGCGGCAGCGUUCCAGGCCCUAUCUGUUCUCCAACACACUGCCCCCACCUGUGGUGGGCUGUGCCUCCAAGGCUCUGGACCUGUUGAUGGGCAGCAAUGAGAUCGCACAGAGCGUGGCCUCCAAAACCCAACGGUUCCGCAGUAAGAUGACGGCUGCAGGCUUCACCAUUGGGGGCAGCGAGCACCCCAUCUGUCCUGUGAUGUUGGGGGGCGCGCGGCUAGCCUCGGGGAUGGCGGAGGAUAUGCUACAGCGCGGGAUCUAUGUGAUUGGGUUCAGUUUCCCGGUGGUGCCGAAAGGGAAAGCUCGGAUCCGGGUGCAGAUCUCGGCCUCUCACAGUGAGCAGGACAUCGACCGCUGUGUGGAAGCCUUCGUGGAGGUGGGCCGCCAGCAUGGGGUCAUCGCGUGACCGCAACACGUGGUCUUGGCAGGACGUCAACACAGGUCAUCCAUCGCGUGACCUCCGCACACGGUUGUCCCAUGACCUCCACAAGAGGAUUCUCUUCUCCCCCCACCGGAAGCCCAAAGCUUUUACUCCCCACCCCUCCGCACCCCCCCACCCACCAUACACGCACCAACAC